GGUAUUCGGUCCAGUCUGCCAUACGCCGUCGUUUCGUACGCACGAACGUUGAGCGGGCUCGCGCGCGUGUGUGCACGAGAGAGAGAGAGAGAGAGAGAGAGAGACAGACAGACAGAGAGAGAGAGAGAGAGGGAGAGAAAGAAAAAAUAAAGAUAGAUAGAGAGAUAGAAAGAAAGAAAGAAAGAUAGAAAGAUAGAAAGAUAAAGAAAUACACACACAUAUAUACAUCCACGUUCAUACAUAUAUACACAUACACACAUAUCCACGCACCUGGAGGACAGACGAACCUUUGGAUGGACCUAUAACGCAAGGAUUUAUUAAUAACUCGUAUGAAAUUCAUCUCGUUUUUAUCUUCAUUCAAUUUUCUUCUUUAAUUUUCUAAUCUUUAUUUCUUCCGUUAAUUUAUCCCCACCGUCGAUCUAUCAAUUCAUUGAAUUCGUUAAAACAAAUUUUUUUUUUUUUAUAUUUUCUUCUAAUUCAUUUCUCCUACUCUGCCGGAGAAAAAUCCUAAUCGACGUGUGUCGUGUGUGCGUGUCUCGUGAUUAUUGUGUUUCGAUCGUACGGAAAAGAUUCGAGAAAUAUCAAUCCAGCCCGUAAGAGACAUUUAAAUACGGUGACGUAUGUAUUUAUCGUUUAUGAUUGUGAGAUUUGUUGUUAACAUUUUGAAAGGACGACGAACGUGCUGAUAUUUCUUUUCGUUCUUUUUUUCCUGUUCUUUUUUUUUUUUUCACCUUUUUUCUUCUGUGACAAAUCAAGGAGAAAGGGAAUGUGCUUUCUUUCAAAUGGCUAAAAACGAAAGGUGUUAGAAGAGUACCUUUUUUUUUUUUUUUUUUUUUUAAUCACUCAUGUGUUUCUUGUUUUCUUCGUGGAAGAUAUAAGGAUCGACACGAUGCUCUAACGAAGAUUUCUCAGCGGCGUGAAUUUCUUCGAGUGAGUCACGAGAAGCUGGAGAAGAAGACGAGAAGGAUAGUCGUUGAAGGAAGAGAAAAAGAAAGAGGAGGAAGAGGAGGUGGAGGAAGAAAAGGAGAAGAGUAAAGAUAGAAGAGGGUGGUAGCAGUUGUUACAAGGGUGGAAGAGAGAAGAGAGACGGUGGGGCGAACCGGAACCGGAAAUGGCUGCGAGGUGGCUCCUACUGGCGCUCCUCGCCGCCCAUGCCGCGGCUCUUCCUGAUAUCAUUAGGAUAGGUGGGCUGUUUCAUUCGUCCGACGACAAACAGGAAGUGGCCUUUCGUUACGCCGUAGAAAAAAUCAACGCCAACAGGGACAUCCUGCCCAAGUCUCGUCUCAGUGCCCAGAUUGAACAGAUAAAACCGCAAGACAGUUUUCACGCUUCCAAGAGAGUGUGCCAUUUGCUGCGGAGUGGCGUAGCUGCAAUUUUUGGUCCUCAAAGUGCGCACACCGCUUCCCACGUGCAGAGCAUCUGCGACACUAUGGAAAUACCGCACUUGGAGACACGCUGGGAUUACAGACUAAGAAGGCAGAGCUGCCUCGUCAACCUUUAUCCUCACCCUACUACCCUUUCGAAGGCGUACGUUGACCUUGUGAAGGCAUGGGGUUGGAAAAGCUUUACCAUCAUAUACGAGAAUAACGAAGGACUGGUACGAUUGCAGGAGCUUUUAAAAGCUCACGGUCCAAGUGAAUUUCCCAUUACCGUUAGACAACUUAGUGAAGGCUCGGAAUAUCGGCCAUUGCUGAAGCAGAUAAAGAACUCGGCUGAGUCACACAUCGUACUGGACUGUUCCACCGAAAGGAUUUACGACGUGCUGAAACAAGCACAACAAAUAGGAAUGAUGAGCGACUAUCACAGUUACCUCAUCACUUCUUUGGAUCUUCAUAGCGUCGAUUUAGAAGAAUUUAAACACGGCGGGACCAAUAUCACUGCCUUCCGUCUGGUUGAUCCAGAAAAGCCAGAGAUUCAGCGAGUUGUACAAGACUGGAUCUAUGGUGAGAAGCGUUAUAAUCGUGAACUCGACAUGGGCCAGGCAUCUAAUAAGAACAAUCUGACGUGCAUAAAGACUGAAACCUCUUUGAUGUACGAUGCCGUACAUCUUUUUGCAAAGGCAUUACACGAUCUGGAUACUUCUCAACAGAUCGACAUUAAACCACUUUCCUGUGAAUCAACGGACACUUGGCCUCAUGGAUAUUCCUUAAUUAAUUACAUGAAAAUUGUCGAAAUGACCGGUUUAACCGGUAUCAUUAAGUUCGAUCAUCAAGGAUUCCGUUCGGAUUUCAUUCUUGAUAUUAUUGAGCUUAAUAAUAAGGAUGGUUUGAAAAAGAUCGGUACGUGGAACAGCACAAAGGGUAUAAAUUUUACGAGAAGCUACGGGGACGUUUAUACGCAAAUCGUCGAAAAUUUACAGAACAAAACCUUCAUCGUGACAACGAUAUUGAGUGCUCCGUACUGUAUGCGGAAGGAUUCGAGUGAGAAGCUUAGCGGAAAUGCGCAAUUCGAGGGAUACAGCGUCGACUUGAUUUACGAGAUAUCGCGAAUCCUCGGCUUCAAUUAUACCUUCAGACUAGUGCCGGAUGGCCGUUACGGUUCGUACAAUAAGCAGACCAAGGAAUGGGAUGGGAUGAUGAAGGAGCUUCUAGACCAAAAGGCCGACCUCGCCAUCGCUGAUUUAACCAUUACUUACGACCGUGAACAGGCAGUUGAUUUCACAAUGCCUUUUAUGAAUUUAGGGAUAAGCAUACUUUAUCGUAAGCCGAUAAAGCAACCACCGAAUCUCUUCUCGUUUCUCAGUCCAUUAAGCCUUGACGUUUGGAUCUACAUGGCCACAGCUUAUCUAGGAGUGUCCGUUUUGUUGUUCAUUCUAGCAAGAUUCACACCGUACGAGUGGUACAAUCCUCAUCCGUGCAACAAAAACCCGGAUCAUCUGGAGAAUCGUUUCAAGCUACUCAACUGCCUCUGGUUCACCAUUGGAUCGUUAAUGCGGCAGGGUUGCGAUAUUCUGCCAAAGGCUGUAUCAACACGUAUGGUAGCCGGUAUGUGGUGGUUCUUCACGCUUAUCAUGAUAUCGUCGUACACAGCAAAUCUCGCUGCAUUUCUUACCGUCGAGAGAAUGGAUUCGCCGAUCGAGAGCGCCGAAGAUCUCGCGAAACAAACGAAAAUAAAAUAUGGCGCCUUGAAGGGCGGCAGCACAGCCGCCUUUUUCCGGGAUUCCAAUUUCUCGACGUAUCAGCGCAUGUGGUCCUUCAUGGAUUCGGCGAAGCCGACGGUAUUUACAUCGAGCAACGUCGAGGGCGUAGAUCGAGUGAUCAAGGGAAAGGGAAGCUACGCAUUCCUAAUGGAAUCCACUUCCAUUGAAUACGUAAUCGAGAGGAACUGCGACCUAACUCAAGUCGGCGGUCUCUUGGACUCGAAAGGAUAUGGCAUAGCCAUGCCACCAAAUUCGCCGUACAGGACUGCUAUAAGCGGAGCCAUACUGAAACUUCAAGAAGAAGGGAAGCUGCACUUACUGAAGACUCGAUGGUGGAAGGAAAAACGAGGAGGUGGAUCCUGCAGGGACGACACGUCAAAGAGCAGUUCAGCAGCAAACGAGUUGGGUCUGGCGAAUGUUGGUGGCGUAUUCGUUGUACUGAUGGGUGGCAUGGGCGUUGCCUGUGUAAUAGCUGUAUGCGAGUUCGUCUGGAAGAGCAGGAAGGUCGCGAUCGAGGAACGGAAAUCUAUGUGCUACGAAAUGGCAAACGAAUUACGUUUUGCUUUGGACUGUGGCAAUGGCAAUAAGAAGGUCUCGAAAAAAUUGCAACAUCAACGACAACGAUCGAAUCUUUCGAUCCUCUCGGAGGAAGAAUUUUACAUUGCCUGUAACAGAUACACUCAUUUCGUUGGUAAAGCACCACUCACGUGAACGAAGACGACUAAUUUCAACAAUGAAAUCUCUCUUUGUGUGUGUUUUUGUGUUAUAUAUGUGCGUAUUCGUGGCUACGUAAUUUGUGCGGUUGAAGUGCGAUGAUGGAGGCAAGAACGAAAAUAUAUAAUAUUAGCGAGUUGUGAUCAUCGAAUUGAAUAAAACUCUUUCUCUCUCUCUCUCUCUCUCUCUCUCUCUCCUCUGUCUCUC